CAAAACAAAACAAAACAAAACUUCAUUUCCCAAAAGUCUCCGCGUUGAGGGGUCGCAGGGCACCACAGAAAACCCUGCCUCCCUCAGCGGCUAGAGGCGGGCUUUCCGGAUCGUACAGCGCAUGCGUGGAAGUGUGCUCCCGGAAGUACGGAGGCCAACCGAAAGAGACCGGAAGAAGGAAAGGAGGUGGUCCAUUCUUGCUACGGUGGCCUGAAGGAACAGUGAAGCCGGCACAAGAGAAUUUAUCAUUUCUGAGACUUACAGUCGUGAUGUCUUUCAAGAGGGAAGGGGACGAUUGGAGUCAACUCAAUGUGCUCAAAAAACGAAGAGUCGGCGACCUGCUGGCUAGUUACAUCCCAGAGGAUGAGGCGCUUAUGCUACGAGACGGACGCUUUGCUUGUGCUAUCUGUCCCCACCGACCUGUACUGGACACCCUGGCCAUGCUGACUGCCCACCGUGCAGGCAAGAAACAUCUGUGCAGCCUGCAGCUUUUCUAUGGCAAAGAACAGCCAGGAAAGGGAAUGGAGCAAAAUCCACGACAGCAGAAUGAAUUGAGGAGGGAAGAGACCAAAGCUGAGGCUCCUCUGCUAACCCAGACGCGACUUAUCACACAGAAUGCUCUGCACAGAGCUCCCCACUAUAACAGUUGCUGCCGCCGAAAGUGCAGACUAGAAGCCCCUGGUCCUUCUGUCUCCCAUUCCCCUUUGCCACCCUCAGAGGUCGAACUCCAAGGUGGGAAGAUCAGUAGGGAACCUGAGCCUGGGGCUGGCCCACAGGCCAAGGAGUCAGCAAAUGUCUCAGCCUCUGCACCCAUGAGCCCCACAAGAAGACGAGUCCUGGAUCAUUACCUCACACUUCGAAGCUCUGGAUGGAUUCCAGAUGGACGAGGUCGAUGGGUAAAAGAUGAAAAUGCUGAGUUUGACUCUGAUGAGGAAGAACCCCCUGAUCUCCCCUUGGACUGACACCCUCUUUUCCAUUCAAUUCACAAGUAAACUACAGUGGGUUCUGGGAGCCUAAUUUUCCUCAAGCCUUGUCUCAGGAUUUCAGAUCAGUUCAUUCUCAGCCUGGCCACUCCUUCUCUGCAAUGUACACAGCUCCCCAUACUUCUAACCCCUCCCCCACCUCUACCAAAAUCAUGCCAAGCGUCAGCUGCAUGGAGCCUGGUGCCCUAUUAAUAAGUCUGUCAGAAAGAGGUCUUUGCCCUUCAUGUUGUCUGCCUCCUUCCCCACCUCCACUCCAAGUCCUUUCACCCUUCAAGUCACAUGAGGGCUGUGGGUAGGCAUUGGGGCAGGGGGUGGGAGGUGCUGGCCACAUCUGGAAACAGGGCUGAGGCUAAGUAACUUGUAAAAGUAGAAGAUACUAAAGGCUUUGGCAGGGUUAUGGGGAACACCAAGGGAGGGAGGUCCCCCGCCUCCUCCUAGUAACCUGAACCUCCCUGCCUGCUGAUCCCCAGAGUAUAAAUAAUCCCCUGAUGAACUGGCAGUAACCCUUGGGGUUAACGCCAAGGUUCCCACCCCAAAUCCCAAGGAAGGAGGCAGGCAGAGUGGACAGAAGGGCCUUUAUUUACAGGAAAGGGGGAUAGAUGAGGAUUUAAAUAUCCAGUACUCUCAGCUCUAAUUGCUAAAGGGAAAGGCAGGGUUAUCUCUUCUUUUGCUGGCGACCUGUAAAGGAGGAAGAGUAAACACAAGUCUUUGCUCCAUCUCCUGCUUUGUGCAAAGGCACUUUUCUUCUCCUGUUCAGUUCCUUAGCCAGACUCAUAAGUGGUACAUCUUAGGCUAUCUGACAAGCCCACCCCACAUUAACAAAACAAAAUAAGAAACCAUGCCACAAAUAAAAAUACCAUGCCUCUAAGCAGGUAUUAGUA